AUGGUGGGAGAUCUGGGCCCUUUCACAUCAGAGACAUGGAUCAAAGAAGCGGCGUGCCUGCAAUUGACCCCAAGUCAUAGUUUCGGGGCCGCCCCUGCGCUCCGCGGGCAGACGGUGAAGCGGCCUCGCGCGGUGUCCUCCGGUCCUCGGGCUGCAGACGGGGUGGCCGUCGAGGCCAGGAGCGUAGGCGGCCCCGUGUCCCUGCCCGACGGCGCCUUCGGUGGCCGCGUCUCCCCGACUGGGCUGCCGCUCGUCCGGCCACUCCGGGAAGCCGCGCCCGCGGGGCAGUCGACUCGCACGGAGGGCCCGGGGCCGGGCGGGAUCCGGAGUCCCGUCCCCGCAGGAGCUCUGGACCCCUGGCCGCCGCGGCCGGCGCGGGAACCCGGCAGCCGGCUGCGCCCCGAGAAGCCGGGAGGAGGCGAGGAGAGAGCCCGGCGGCCUCCGGGCCCCGGAGACGGUCCCAAUCCCCCGCGGGCCGGGAAGGAGGACCCGGGGGCCCCGCCGGCGGGACAGCGGUUCCUCUGCCGGGCUAAGGACUUCCGAUCGAACGGGCUCGGCCCCGAGAGAAGAAACUGCACCCGCUCCCCGCACGCGGCCACCGACGGGGCCGCGCGUCCCCCGCCCGCUCGCCUCCCCGGGCCCGACCUGGGGCCUCGGCCGCCGCCGCGGGAACGUGAGGGCGGAGGACCGGGAGAACCGGUGCGCGGCCUGUCCCCAAGCUCGGUCGCGGGGUCCAGGACUCAGACGUGCGGGCGCCCGGGCCUCCCCCGCAGAGGACCCGAGCGGGAAGCUCCGGGGCUGGGGAUCACCGAGGGGAGAGGCGGGAGGAGUCCCCCGGGGCUCCGGGCUCAGCGGAGGCGCUCCGUUUCUCCCUUGCUUCUUGAUCUCAGCGGCCCGGACCGCCCCCUGCAGUCCCUGCCACGCUGCUGUUAA